CUUGGUAGACAUGGCUUGUAGCUGAUUUUCUUGCUCUCUGAGUUUCCUUUGGAGCGUUUCCUUUUCAGAUGUGGUUCUCCGAAGCUGGGAUUCUUGGAUCUCCAGUUGUCUUUGCAAGGAAGAGAUGGUACCUGCGGCCAUGUUGUAGUCAUCCUUCGCCUUCUGCAGCUCCCUUCGGAGCUCUCGGACGGCGUUCAGCCCCUCGGCCAGCCUCGCCCCCUGCUCCUGCGGGACCCCGCAGGCACCGGCGCCGUCGGGGGCCGCUCCGCCCGGGCUCGCUCCUUCCAUGGCUGCGCUGCGGAGAGGGGCGAGGGCUCCUGUGGGGAGAGCGGAGGGGUCGGAGCCGGCGGUGUCCGCUCGGGAGGGCGAUUCUUCCCCUCCGCGGCUCUGUCAGGCACCGGGCCCGGCGCGGUGGGUGCCCCCGGCCAUGGCGGGGCAGGGCCGCGCUCGGUUGCCAGGCAACGGCGGCGGCGGCGGGGCCGCGCCUUUCGCUUCCGCUUCCGGGGCGGGCCGGGCCGACGCCAUGGGGCGGAAGAAGAAGACGCUGCACGACUACGCGGCCGAGUUCUCGGAGCUGGCGGUGAAGCGGCACCUCCUGGAGCGCGGCGGCGGCGGGGAGGCGGCGGUGGUGGUGGAGACGCUGUACUGCACCUCCUGCCAGCUGCCCAUGCGCGUCCGCCGCGACCGCAUCCUCGAGCACCUCUCCUCCGGCCGCCACUACCGCAACCGCCGCCUGCUCCGCCAGCACGGCCUGCGCGCCCCGCUGCUCCUUUCUGCAGGUGCGGACGGCGGCGGCGGCCUGCCCCUGCAGCUCGACGCGCCCUCCCUGCUUUCUCAGCCCUCCUUCAUCCUCGCCGGCACCAGCGCCAUCGUCCCCUCGCCGCCCUCCUACCACAAGCCCUUGGUUCCCCACCACCCCGUUGCUGCCGGUUCUCUGGCAAGCGCAGUCGCCCCCCGGGAAGACCCGACGCCCUCCACCUCCACCAGCCGCCCCUCGGCGCCUGCCGCCUUCCACAUGAGGAUCGCGCCUGCCCCCUCGAAGCAGGCUGGCCAAAGAGGGGCUGCGCCUGAGGCCUCUGAUGGCCUGGCACCCGCCGUACGGCGUGGCAGCGGCGUCGGCCUUGCCCUCUUCGGCAUAGGGCUUGUUAAUAAAGCCUUGUUUCAAACCCUGAUGGAGGAAAAUAACUGCUGCCUGCUUUACGUUGUGGAGGAUCAGCUGGAGGAGGUGGAGAGUGCCUUCGGCGCCGAGUUCCUGGCUGGCACCAGGGUGCUGCGGCAGCAGGACGCCGAUAUCGCGCUCAACGAUCAGCGAGUCUCUGGAGCCAUUAUUUGUUCACCACCUGAAGAAGCCUCUGAGGUUGUAAUAGAUGCUUUACGAGCGGGAAAAGGUGUCUUUUGCGAGAGGCUGCCCAGUUUUGACAGGCAGACGGCAGAAGCUUGUUUCGAUGAAGCUGACAGAUGUGGAAGACCGUUGGUGUGUGGAUUCUACAAGCGCUUUGACCCAGCGCUGCAGUUCUUGUACAAGAAAGUCCGCGACAGCCAGGCACUGGGGAGGAUCCACCGGAUAUCCACCAUCAGCAGCAUAUACCCAGCAGCGUCUCUGAGCUUCCUAAAAACAUCAGGUGGAAUUUUUUAUAAUGCUGCUGUGCACGAUAUAGAUAUUGUCAGUUUGUUGUUGGGAGAGAGUGCACCAGAUACAAUAUUUUCACUGGGGCAUGCGUUCUGUGCAGAUAUGGCCUACUUGAAGGAUGCAGACACUGUAGCGGUCAGCAUGAAAUUUCCUAGCGGAGCAAUUGUUACUUUGGACAUCAGUCAGCACUGCACUAAAAGCUGUGAUCAGAGACUAGAGGUUCAUGGUUCUCAAGGAACGUUGCGGGUGGAUAAUCGGAAUCCUCUGGGGAUCACGGAGCAUGGGACUUCGGUAUCCCUUUACUCCCAGACCCAGGCUGACCGCUACAGAGAUGCGCACAGGGAGCUCUUUCGACACUUUCUGAGAACCCUGAAAGGCAAGGAACCCCCCGCGAUAACCAAAGAGCAGUUUCUGUGGACGAUUCAGGUCGCCGCAGCUGCUGAACAGUCCUGGAGAAACGGGUCCGCCGUUGACUUGCGAAACGAGGCGAUAGAGUCAUCUGUAAUCAAGACUGAGAUAAUGUGACGCGCGCCGCUGUUUCCUGCGGUGAAGGAUAACGCUGUGCUCCGGUGAGCUCUUCCCACCUAGCGAUGUCUCCACUGUGACUUUAUGAUAAGACUUGUGGUUUGGACGUUUCCGCCGGGAAUGCCCAGAAGACGGAGGCACUUUUGAGCCAAAAAGUGCUCGGCGCUGAGGCUGCGGGUGUUUCUUAGUGCAUCAGCCAGAGCCCUUGGGAAAUUCUGGGCAGUUUCACCCAGGCGGCUUUUCCUCCUGGAGGGCUCUGCUGGCCGUGGAGCUCCGCUUUCCCGGGAGAAAAGUGAUGCUCCUGGGGCCAUGGUAAGGUGGUGUAGACCACCACCAGCCGUGAUGGGAGCGAUGCAAGUGGUCGGCUUUCCUGGCGGCUUCGCAAGCGAGAUGACAUAAUGCUCCAAAAAAAUACAGGAGCAUCCGUCUGGUCCGUGCUCGUUUCCCUUCAGUACCUGCGGGAAUGUGACUUCUGCGCUGAACGCGCCUCUGGGCCUCCUAUUUAUUGUUUUGUUUUUACUGGGUUUUUUAAAUCUUUUUGAAAAGAAGUUACGAUCUAAUUUUCUUGAGGGGUGGGGAAAAGCAAUGGAAAAGCAGAGAGGGAGUUCUGCAACCUGACGUUAGAGAGAUGAGAGACUUCAUAGCGCGGCUAUAAAUUAAGGCUGUUCCGUAGAGGAGCAACGCACGUGGGCAUUUCAGUAAUAAACACUGCAUUAUUGAAGGGGUUUUUCCAAAUACGAUCUGGGAAUUUGUCCAGGGGCCCCGUACAAGGUCUGUUACGGAGACAGGCGGCUGCUGGGCGGGUUCUUCCGCGCCCGGCUGAGCGCUGCCGGCGUUACUCGCUGCAGCAGCAAGGGAGCUCUCUGGAGGCUCCUCGUUUCCUCGCUGAAAUGCAAACGUUGUAUGUUAACAUUUUAGUAGCAAAACUGAACUCAUAAUCAUGUCCUUUGAGUGUAGGAAGGGCAUCCGGUUAUGUAUUUUAAAGGUAAUUUUUUUACAGUCCGGCAGAUCUGGAACGUACACCACAGGAAAAGAUCGUGCCUUCAACACCAGGCGAGUGCUUUUCAGCCAGGUCCUUUGUACCUUUGUAUUCUCGUGUUGGGCUUGUUGCAGAUGUGUAGAUUUGACUGCUCUUGUCUGGUUCUCGCACGCCAGUUUUCAAGAUAGUCGAAAGCCUUUUUUAUUGUAUUAAAAUAAUGUUCUUGCCUUGAGUGUUAGCCUGUUAACGACACUUCUUGCAAGAUUCUGUACUUCAGCCAAUUUCCAAUCCCUACGUAUGCAAUAUAUAUUACUACAACUAGAAAUAGCGGUGACAUUUAUAACUAAAGACAGUUCUCUUGUGGAAAUUGUUCUUAACGGUAUAAUUUUUCAAACUCCGAAAAGCUGUGUCUUAAAGAUAAAGAUUGCUAUUGAUUUCGUUCUCUAUUUUCUGCGUCUCUGUAGCUUCGUGUUGUUUGAUGAAGCAAAGUAACGUCAGGGCUUUCGAGGUCUUACGCUUUAAGGCCGACGCUGGGGUAGGAGGGCACUUCCGCGCGAUAUAAGCGAGACUUUAGUUGCCAGAUGCUGUAAUUCCCACAGGUGCUUUUAUUGUGUUACCAAAAAAAAAAAAAAAAGAGAGAAACCACGGCUAUAAAAAUAACACAUUUUCCAAAGAUAACAUUACAAAAAAUACUGCUCAUACCGUGGUUGGAGCGUAUCAGUUAAUACUGCCGGAAGAAGCCCUAGUUAACAUGGGAAACGUGAAUGAUUGUUUCAAAACCUUUAAAGCGUUAAAGUGCUUUCAUUAGCCGUUAUCGUAGGACGUAGGUUCACAGUUCAGCAGCGCCAAAGGCGUCGGGUUCCUAAUGGGUGUUGUGUGGAGGGUGGGAUGGCCCGGAGGAGGGUGCGCUGGCGCCUGCGGGCCCCCGGGGGGGAGAGCAGCGGAGCCCAUCAGCCGGGGGGCAGAGACCCCCUCCUGCGUGCCCGGGGCUCGGAGCUGCCCUUGGACACCGAGACGAGGGUGGCGGAGGGAGGACCCGGGCCCCAGGGAUGCUGUUACGGCACGUACGGAUCCUCACCUACGGAGUUCACGCUCGGUUUCCCCGUGAUCCGCCGGCACUGACCUGCAAGGAGGAGACGGCACAUCCCUGCGGCGAGCCCUGGAC